AGAAGGCAGAAGGCGCAGAAAUGCGGAGGAGCAGCGUCGCCCCUGGAUGUCCGCGACACGUUACACUGCUUCUUUACAAGGGAUGCGAGCGCGACAGCAUAUCGGAGUUGCUGCUUAACUACUUCAGCCGGGGAGUUUAAGAUGUCGAUUGACUGACUUUUUUUUGUCUGGAAAACUUUCUCUCACCGCUCUGAAGACUUAAAAGCAACUGCCUUCGAAAAUGGCCGUCCGCGGCAGCUCCCUGAUGCCGUUCUCCAUCCAAGCCAUCCUGAACAAGAAGGACGACAGUAGACACUUACCAGACCUGGACGUGUGUUUCUCCAAGACGACGUGCUGGAAAAUAUUCGGGGAAGUGCACGGAGGCUCGAGGCGGGAGGACGCGGAGGCUCGCGUGCCCGCGGACCACAAGAGUUACGACUCUGAUUCGGGGCUCAGCGACGACAAUGACGGGAAGAACCGGGUCGAGCUGAAGAAAGAUGACGAUCCGACGUCUGAUGUUCCCGAGGAGAGUGUUCAGGAGGAGACCGACCAGGAGUGCGCAGCCGCGGAGAUCACCAAGAGUGACAGCGAGCCGCAUCACGGCCCAGAUUGCGUGGACGAGCAGGUUCUGGAUCAGCCCAAGCAGCGGAAGAAGCGCUCCCGGGCCGCCUUCUCGCACGCUCAGGUGUUCGAGCUGGAGCGUCGCUUCAACCACCAGCGGUACCUGUCCGGACCGGAACGAGCGGACCUGGCCGCCUCCCUUAAACUUACCGAGACCCAGGUCAAGAUCUGGUUCCAGAACCGCCGCUACAAGACCAAACGCCGCCAAAUGGCCGCGGACCUGAUGGCGUCCACGCCGGCGGCGAAGAAGGUGGCGGUGAAGGUUCUGGUUCGGGACGACCAGAGACAGUACGGUCCGGGAGAGGUCCUGAGGCCGCCCCUGCUGUCCCUGCAGCCCUCCUACUACUACCCCUACACAUACUGCCUCCCCGCCUGGACCCUGUCUGCGUGUGCGGCCAACCAGUGACCCAUAUUUAUUCUGUAGAAACUUUUGACAAAAGGAAGAGAUUACCCAUCCCAAUAAUCUCCCACCUGCCUCACCUUUGGCCUUUCACAGGAGAACUUUUUUUUUUUUUUAAUUUUAGACAAAAAGAAAGCACGUUUGUUUCUCCUCAACGAGGCGUUCAAGGACCUCACGGACACCUCACAUCCUACCUCUGCAUAAUUAUUCAGUGACUGUUGCAGACUGCGUGCGUUUGGUUUCAUUUCUCGCUGCGUGUGCAAAAGUAUGAUAUUAAGGACGGAUUAUUCGUGUCACGUGAUGAGUUAUUUUACUGUUGUUGACCGUUAACCGGUUUUGAUGAUGGCAUUGAUCAUUCCAAAGCGAUGCUUAGUUUUGCAAACCCUCGACAGUGAAGCCAACCUUUACAGUAACCCUCUCUGAGCGGCCCAAGAAUCUAAUGCUGGGAUUGUUAACAGCUGUUGAUAAAAAGAACAAGGAUUUAUAGCUAGUGAAACCAUGACAUCAUCGAGUCACGAGACAAGAUUCAAGCAAGAGCCAGAGAAAUGUUAAUAAUUGGCAUUAAAAAAAAAAAGAAAAAUGUGAUUACAAAAACAAAAACAAAACAUUGUCACAUAGUUGUAAUAUCCGUCGACGAAAGGUAACAUAUUUCAGCACUUUGGAGUAUAAAUAUAUAUAUUAUUGAAUACAUGGUGUAUUUCAUAUUUGGAUUUGGGAAGUCACGUUCAGUCCAAAAUGACACAUGUGCAUUUGUUUUUCUGUGUUUAUUAAACAUUAAAACA